GUUAGAAGUUAGUCACAGCUUAGUAUUCGAGCAGCAGGCUGUGCGCCGCGCUCCGUGUAGUCGAAGCUUGAUAACUCCGAACUCCGCCGUAUAUUUGAAGCAUUUAGUGAUAACUGCUGUGUGUAUCCCGACUACGGUUCGCCGAUCGACCAUAGCGUGUGCUGAACACGGGUCGACUAUGGCCAACGCAGGCGGGAGAUUCCCGUCAUUCAACCCUAAAGAUAACAAGUCGUGGAUCACUUACUACCACCGUUUCAUACGCCACUGUGAAACAAAGAAGAUCGUGGACUACAAGAGCGAAUUCAUCGACUGCUCCGACGACGAAAUGAUCGAGUACGUCCAGACCCUCUUCACCAGACGAAUCUUAAGCAGCCUCGUCACGUUAGAAGACAUAUCCAACGCGAUGGAGGCGUACUACGAGGAGCCAAGGCGUCGAGGGGUUAUCCCAAAUCAGCCAGAUCCCCCGACCUAUCGAAGGUUGACAGUGCGGUUGCUUAUUACUAUGGCUUUCCUUAUUGGUAUUAUUCCUUCAAUUGGCGAAUGGGGUGAAAUAUGUGAACACAAUUUGUGUACAUUAAGCACGGAUUCCAAAAUGUUUCCAACAAGGAGGACAAGGAGACCGUGCAAAAUACCAGACAACAUCACAAAAAACGUAGUUUAUACUGUUGUGUUUUUACUGUACAGCGUUCUUCUUGUAUUUAUACCGAAUAUCACAAUACAUUUUUGA